CAUGGGCCCAAAAACGAAAUAAUAAUAAAAAAUCCCACCAAAUAACAUUUACCACAAGUCAGCAAACUUCAGUUUCGCGUAUCACGAACGACGUAAUUGAUGCGCCAAACCACGUACUGCGGCAAGCCGUAACCAUCCGGCAUCUAACGAGUAGUUAAUUGGUAAAAAUAAUUUACAUUCGACUUGACCGAUCGACCUCUUUUAGGCCUACCCGGAGCCACUCUCCGGCCAGAAUUUAUAUGCGACGAUGAGGUUCUCCAUCCUUUCCGUGGGCCUCUUGGCCCUCCUCACCCCGUUGACUGCAGCGUGGACGAAAGAAGACCGCGAGAUCUUCCGCCUGCGCGACGAGAUCUCCCAGUACGAGGGCGCCAACGUCACCUUUUACGACUUUCUUGGUGUCUCACCGCGCGCUACCCAAGACGAGAUCAACAAGGCUUACCGCAAGAAGUCUCGCGCCCUACAUCCGGACAAAGUCAAGCAACAGCUAUCGGCCGAACGUGCUAAGCAGGCUAAGUCAAAGGGCAAGGGGAAGAAGCCCGGCGUCCAUGUCGCGAAACAGCCUACACAGUCCGAAAUCAAGGCCGCUGUGAAAGCCGCCGGCGACCGUCAAGCCCGUCUAUCUAUCAUUGCCAACAUUCUCCGAGGUUCUGGUCGUGCCCGUUAUGAUCAUUUCAUGUCUAACGGGUUCCCCGUAUGGAAGGGCACUGAAUACUACUACAGCCGUUACCGGCCGGGACUAGGCACCGUGCUAUUCGGGUGUCUCCUCGUAGGCGGCGGUGGCUUCCACUACAUAGCCCUAUACAUGAGUUGGAAACGGCAACGUGAAUUUGUCGAGCGGUAUAUCAACUUCGCGAGGCAGGCCGCUUGGGGUGACAACCUUGAAAUCCCAGGUGUCGACACACCCGCCACUGCUACUCCGCCUCCUCAAGCACCCCCGGCAGACGACGACCAGCAACCCCCGAUGGCAAUGAACCGCAAGCAGCGGCGGUUACAGGAGCGGGACCAACGCAAGGAAUCGACCAAGGGAGGAAGACGCCAGCUACGCGGUAGGGGACGCCCCGGGCAGCAGGCGAGUGGAAGCGCAACACCAAUACCGCAAACUCAAGGAACCGGCCCAACGGGCGCUAAGAAGCGUGUCGUGGCUGAGAAUGGUAAAAUCCUAGUUGUCGACUCUCUAGGCGACGUGUACCUCGAGCAAGAGGACGCAGACGGCAAUGUGGAGGAAUUCCUUCUUGACCUCAACGAAUUCCCCCAGCCUACAGUCAAGGAUACCGCACUCGUUAAGCUUCCUAUCUGGGCCUACUCAGCCACUCUAGGCCGAGUCUUCGGUUCCCGUAAGCCCACCGACGACCUAGACGACCAAGUUGACGAGGAUGACGAGAGGCAAGGCGCCGAUGAUCUCGUAGACGACUCCUCAUCCGACCAGCCGCAGCGAACACCCUCCACGGAUUCGGCCGAAGACUUCGAGCUCCUAGGGACUAGCGUCGAGGACCUACCCGAUAAGCCGAAGGUCACGGGUAGCCAAGCGCAGCAGAGCAACAAGGCCAAGAAGAGGAACAAGAAACGCUAGAAACGGGACUUGGGAAGCCGUGGCGGACCGGGAGAAGGGGUUGAGGAGUCUUGGAUGCUUUUACGAGUAUGACAGGGUGGGCGUAUAUAUAAACGUGUCCUCCCGACACUAUGGUGUAUGUAGCAACCCGUGUAGCGGAUCAUAAAAGUGAAUGUAUUCAAUUCAGAAAACAUGCGCUCGAGAUUUUCCAGUCCGGUGAUAGGCGGCGACAGCUCAAAG